AUGGACAGAUAUUUAAGGGAAGAAACAAAUAUAGACGGAGAUGAUGAAUCAAAGCAGAUGAUUCUUCGAGCUUCAAUUUCAAGUAUCAAGCGUAACACUCAUAAAAUGAGUACUUUCAUCAACAAUGAAGAGUUCAACAAGAAAAAAGUGAUCUUCAUAAUAGGGGCCAUAGGAACAGGAAAGUCCUGUCUCUCUGUUGACGUUGCCACCCAUUUUGGAGGAGAAAUAAUCAACUCGGAUAAAAUACAAGUUUACAAGGGACUUGAAAUUGUUACAAACAAGAUCACACACGCUGAGAAACAAGGGCUAGUGGAUGAGGUGCGACAGAUUUUCAUUCCAGAUGCAGAUUACACCAAAGGAAUCCGACGGUCCAUCGGUGUCCCUGAAAUGGAUAGAUAUUUAAGGGAAGAAACAAAUAUAUACGGAGAUGAUGAAUCAAAGCAGAUGAUUCUUCAAGCUUCAAUUUCAAGUAUCAAGCGUAACACUCGUAUGCUAAUUUGUAACCAACUUGACAAGAUUCAACGAUUAAUAAGCGAGAAAAUGUGGUCAGUGCAUCAUAUAAUUGCUACAGAUGUUUUCAAAGAAGACAGAGAAGAAGAUAUUGACGAAGCAUGGAGGAAUACUGUUUUCCAACCAUGCCUAGAUAUUGUGAAGAGAUUUCUCAAAAGCGAUCAUGACAAUAUUAUUAUUGAGUAUAAAAUGUGUACUUUCAUCAACAAUGAAGAGUUCAACAAGAAAAAAGUGAUCUUCAUAAUGGGGGCCACAAGAACGGGAAAAUCCCGUCUCUCUAUUGACGUUGCCACCCAUUUUGGAGGAGAAAUAAUAAACUCAGAUAAAAUGCAAGUUUACAAGGGACUUGAAAUUGUUACAAACAAGAUCACACACGUCUUGAACCGUAGAGUUGACAUGAGGGAUGAUCAAAUGGUCAAAGCAGGGCUAGUGGACGAGGUGCGACAAAUUUUCAUUCCAGAUGCAGAUUUCACUAAAGGAAUCUGA